AUGGACAAACUGGAGGCUAUGGCUACGGUCUGUGACUUCGACCCUAUAACGGGGAACAUCCCUGCCACCAAAGUGGAGAUCACCGUGUCGUGCAGGAAUCUUUUGGACAAAGAUACAUUCUCCAAAUCUGACCCAUUGGUUGUGCUGUACACCCAGGGUGCAGAGUCCAAGCAGUGGAGAGAGUUUGGGAGAACAGAGGUGAUAGACAACACACUAAACCCUGACUUUGUCAGAAAGUACAUCCUGGACUACUUCUUUGAGGAGAAGCAGAACCUGCGCUUUGACGUGUACGAUAUCGAUUCUAAAAGCCCAGAUCUGGCCAAGCACGACUUCCUGGGGCAGAUUUUUUGCACACUGGGAGAGAUUGUGGGCUCACCUGCCAGUCGCCUGGAGAAGCCCCUAGGUGGUAUACCUGGGAAGAAAUGUGGGACCAUCAUUUUGUCUGCUGAGGAGUUGGGAAACUGCAGGGAUUGUGCCACCAUGCAAUUCUGUGCCAACAAACUGGAUAAGAAGGACUUCUUUGGAAAGUCAGAUCCAUUUAUGGUCUUCUAUAGGAGCAAUGAGGAUGGGACGUUUACCAUCUGCCAUAAGACAGAGGUGGUAAAGAACACGCUGAAUCCUGUAUGGCAGCCCUUCACCAUCCCUGUUAGAGCACUCUGCAAUGGAGACUAUGACAGGACAAUCAAGGUGGAGGUGUAUGACUGGGACAGAGAUGGAAGCCAUGAUUUCAUCGGUGAAUUCACCACCAGCUUCAAAGAGCUAUGCCGGGGUCAGAGCCAGUUAAACGUCUACGAGGUGGUGAACGCCAAGAAGAAGAUUAAGAAGAAGAGAUACAUCAACUCGGGGACGGUAUCCUUGCUGUCCUUCAGUGUGGAGUCCGAGCACACCUUCCUGGACUACAUCAAGGGAGGGACUCAAAUUCACUUCACAGUGGCCAUUGAUUUUACAGCAUCAAAUGGCAAUCCAUCGCAGUCCACUUCGCUCCACUACAUGAACCCUUACCAGAUGAAUGCCUAUGCCAUGGCCCUGAAGGCCGUGGGAGAGAUCAUCCAGGACUAUGACAGUGAUAAGAUGUUCCCAGCUCUUGGCUUCGGCGCUAAGCUGCCUCCUGAUGGGAGGGUCUCUCACGAGUUCCCCCUGAACGGCAACAUUGAGAACCCCUACUGCAACGGAAUGGAGGGCAUUCUCGAAGCUUACCAUCAAAGCCUUAAAACAGUUCAGCUGUACGGACCCACCAACUUCGCUCCCGUCGUUAAUCACGUGGCAAGGUAUGCAGCUGCAGUACAGGACGGCUCUCAGUACUUUGUCCUGCUCAUCAUCACUGAUGGUGUCAUAUCAGAUAUGGCUCAGACAAAGGAGGCCAUUGUGAAUGCGGCUAAGCUCCCCAUGUCCAUCAUCAUUGUUGGAGUUGGUCAAGCUGAGUUUGAUGCCAUGGUCGAGUUGGAUGGUGAUGAUAUCAGGAUCUCCUCACGAGGGAAGCUGGCGGAGAGAGACAUUGUACAGUUUGUACCGUUCAGAGACUACAUGGACCGCACGGGCAACCACGUGCUGAGCAUGGCGCGGCUGGCUAAGGACGUUCUAGCUGAGAUCCCCGACCAGCUCAUCUCCUACAUGAAAAGCCGGGGUAUCAAGCCCUGCCCCAUUCCUCCAGCCUACUCAUCCAACCCUUCCUCAGACCCUUUCCAAAUCACCCAUUAUAGCACUGGUACUGUCUCUCCUCAGUGGAGGCAGGGGAUGUGCCUCUAA